UGCUUUGUCGAUGUAGCAUACGCUUUAGACAGACAGAGAGAGAGCGAGCGAGCGAGUACCGUUCAGGUCUGGUGCCACUGUACUUUUUGGAGGAGACUAAUUAUCGUCUCUUUUAUUGUGAAUGAGACAUGACUGCGGGAAGAAAGAAAGGGAGCGCCUUGUUCGCAGGCUAUAGGGGUCUGGGACUCUACUCGAAUCAUCUCCCCCACGUGCUUCGCUAUCAUAAGAGGCACCAAGAAUUCUACUUGGUCACCGUGGUGGGCAAAUGUUUCCACACUUACAAUGUGAGUAGCCCCGUGACGAGGGUUUCAGGCAAUGCACUUCCAGAAGAUAUCACUUGUCUUGCUGCUGACAGAAUGUUGGUGUUUACUGCUCAUGGCAAUACUGUGAAUGCAUUUGCUAGAAAUAAAGAGAUUGUUCACACCUACCUGGGCCACAAAGCAGACGUUCAUCUUUUACAGCCAUUUGGAGACCAUUUGAUUUCUGUUGAUAGUGAUAAUGUUCUUAUUGUCUGGGAUACUCAAUCAGAAGAGGAGUAUACGCAGAUUAGUUUUGACAAAACUUUGUUUGUGGUUUCUGCUAUUACCCAUCCAAGCACAUAUCUGAAUAAGAUUUUAGUGGGAAGUCGCCAGGGGAGUUUGCAGCUAUGGAAUAUCAAAAGAAGCAAACUUCUGUAUACUUUCACUAGCUGGGGUUCAGCUGUCACAGUCCUUCAACAAGCUCCUGCGGUGGAUGUAAUAGCUGUGGGUCUUGCUUCAGGUCAAAUUAUUAUACAUAAUAUAAAAUAUGACGAAACACUAAUGAAGUUUCAGCAAGACUGGGGUCCCAUCACAUCAAUAUCAUUUCGAACAGAUGGCCAUCCAAUAAUGGCAGCUGGUAGCCCUCUUGGACACAUUGGCAUUUGGGAUUUAGAAGAUAAGAAAUUAGUUGUACAGAUGAGGGAUUCUCAUAGUACAGCCAUCGCGGGGGUAACAUUUAUCCAUGGAGAACCUCUUCUUGUUACAAAUGGUUCAGAUAAUGCUAUACGGAUCUGGAUAUUUGAUGCCCCAGGAGGUGUUGGCCGUUUGCUGAAGAGUCGCAUGGGACACAAUGCUCCUUCUACCAAGAUAAAGUAUUAUGGCCAAAAUGGACAAAAUAUUCUUAGUGCUGGACAAGAUGGUACUUUGCAGUCAUUUUCUACUACUCAUGAUCGAUUCAACAAAAGUCUUGGACAUGGGUCAUUCAACAAAAAGAAGUCAAAAAAGAAAUCUGUUCAGUAUGAUACUAUGAAACUCCCUCCCAUUACCACUUUUGCCGCAGAAGCAUCACGUGAAAGUGACUGGGAUGGCAUUAUCGCUUGUCAUCGUGGCUAUCUUGUUUCAACAACUUGGAACUAUCAGAAGUCAUCCAUGGGGGCACAUAAACUUGAGCCCGAACGUUUCCACAAAGAUCGUGCUUUGAAUGUGCAUGCUACGGCGGUAGAUAUAACAUCUUGUGGUAAUUUUGUGGUGAUAGCUGUCUCUUCAGGACACAUUGAUGUUUAUAACUUGCAAUCUGGUAGCCACAGAGGACAGUAUGGCACUGAUAAAGCCCAUGAAGGCCCUGUGCGCGGAGUUGCAGUUGAUGGACUUAAUCAGAUAACUGUGAGCACUGGUGCAGAUAAAUUUGUGAAAUUCUGGAAAUUUAAGUCAAAAGAAUUAGUUCAUACCAUUCCUUUGAAUUUUUCACCUUCCUCUCUUCUGUUACAUCGAGAAAGUGGAAUGUUUGCUGUUGCUUUGGAUGACUUUACUGUUAUCAUCAUUGACACUGAAACAAGGAGGAUUGUAAGAAAGUAUUCAGGACACUCAGGAAAAAUAAAUGAUAUGACUUUCAGUCCUGAUGGUAGGUGGUUAAUCACUUCUUCCAUGGACUGUACUGUUCGGACUUGGGAUCUUCCAUCAGGCAGCCUUAUUGACUGCUUUCUGUUAGACUCUGCAGCAGUCAGCAUAACAAUGUCACCCACAGGCAACUUCCUUGCUACUUCACAUGUGGAUGAACUGGGCAUCUAUCUCUGGUCCAACUGCACCCUUUUCAAUCUUAUUUCUCUUCCACCCUUACCAUCUGAUUAUGAACCAUCUGUGGUCAUGCUUCCUGGAGCUUGCCCAGUUGAAGAUACAGAUGUGAUUGAAGUGGAUGCAGAAGUGGAAGCCACUGAGUACGAGUCUCCUGAACAGUUGGAGAAUGAGCUGAUCACUUUGUCCUUACUGCCUGACUCAAGAUGGAAAAACCUUCUUAAUCUUGAUAUUAUUAAGAAGAGAAAUAAGCCUAAAGAACCCCCAAAGACUGCUACAUCUGCUCCAUUUUUCAUCCCAACUGUUCCUGGCCUUGUUCCUCGAUUUGCUGAAGCUCCUGUAGAGAAUUUGGAAGAACAGUCACGAGUUGUGAAUCUUGGAGUACUUGCCCAGAAAUCUGGAUUUUAUGUUCAGCUUGAAGAUGGUUUCCGCUCAAACAACUACACACCUGCUUUUAGAAUUCUCAAAGGAAUGGGACCAUCAAGCAUUGAUAUUGAACUGCGAAAUCUAGCUCCAGAAGGUGGUGGCUCUCUCAUUGUUAUGCAAAGUUUUCUUCAGAUGAUUGUUAGUAUUCUGGAGAGCAAAGUGGAUUUCGAUCUGGCCAUAGCUUAUCUGGCUCUGUUCUUAAAGUUGCACCUGAAGUUGAUUUCUGAGGAGCCAGAACUAAUGAAAGAAGCUACAAAAGUAAUGGAGAAACUGGAAGAAACUUGGACAGAUGUACAAACCAUGUUCAACCAGAGUUUGUGUUUGUUAACAUACCUAAAAAGUGCUUUGUUGUGACUUCCAUUACAUUCAUAUUUUAUUGCUUGGACUUUUGAGGCCCUUUCAGGCUUAAAUAAACUUUCAGUUCGGGUUAAAGCAGAGAUGCCAAUGACUAUUUGAUUACAAGUAGUAACCAAUUUCUUGGCGUCAUCUGUGAAAUCAGUAACAGUCUGGAUCUUGACUAAGAAGAUCAGCAAACUAUAAUAAUUUAAUAUUGCAGCAGUUUAAGGUUUAAUGAAAGAGAUUGCAUUCUUAUAAUGUAAGUACAAGUUUCUUAAUGCUUAUAUGCAGUGUCAUUCCUGAAAAAUUAACAUGAAAUAUUUCUUCAUAAGCCAUCAUCAGUCUUU